CAAUAACAAGAAAUAUCUUUUGAAACACCAUCGAAUCUUUCACCAUGUGCGACUUUUCGGAAUAUGGCCCCAAAUCUGCAGAAUGGCUUGCAGUAGAGGCAAGUCUACCGCCUCCUCCAAAUUUCGCGGAUAUCUAUGAGAGGCAGGCCGUAGUCAACAAGGGUCGUGAGGAGAUAUCUGCGAACGGUAUGAAGGAGCUGGGUCACUUGGUCCGCAUGAAAGACUACAAGAUUCCAACGAGAGACAAUUCUUUCAUAGAGGCGCGAAGCUAUGAGCCUGUCGAUGCUGCGGAAGAUGCUCUCCUACCGAUCUACAUCCACCUUCAUGGUGGAGGAUAUUUAUUCGGGACACUCUCAUCCGAAGAUGCCAUCUCCUCGCGGAUUGCAAUUGGAGCGAAAGUAACCGUUAUCAAUGUGAACUAUCGUCACACGCCGGAUCAUACUUUUCCAACAGCUUGGAAUGACGUCGAAGAUGCCUUCUAUUGGAUACACGAUCACAUCGAUGAGCUUCAAGGCAAAUCUGAUCAGGUUGUCAUUGGCGGUAUCAGCGCUGGUGCUCAGUUAGCAGCGGCCCUGACUCUGAGACAGAACAUCUCUGCGCCAGAUAUCCGCCAGUAUCCCAAGAUUGCUGGACAGAUCUUGAUGAUCCCAGCUUUGGUCCACCUCAACCACUAUCAGUCGCAACUCGACCAACUUAAAAGUCCAUUGGUGUCUUCAUAUGUCCAGAAUGAAGAUGCACCGAUUCUUCCCAAGAAGGUCAUCGACUUCUUUACUGGAAUGCUGAAGUUUCCAAUUCCUUUUCCAGAUGCUGAUGAUUUCCGAGCAAACACUGGAAACGCAUCGGCUCCUCAAGUGAAAGGUCUCCCUCCCACUGUCUUUGGCAUUGCCGGUGCCGAUCCUCUGCGUGAUGAAGGCCUCUUGUAUGGCAGAAGGCUUGCCGAGGCAGGAGUCCCCACGGAUAUUCAUGUCUUCAAAGGAUUGCCUCAUGGCUUUCGUAGGUAUGGGGAUCAGUUGACUGAGUCUAAACGAUGGGAUAGAGUCAUGGAGCAGGGAAUUAUUUGGGCACUCUCGAACCCUGAGGCUAGGAAGUUUGAAAUCAAAACCACUUAGAUAACACAUCUCAUCUACCAUAACCUUAAGGUUCUAGAGGACUUGGAAAUCUGAACUCGAUGGAUAAGAUAAACAAUAGAGGAUAUUCCAA